AUGGAGGUGCACGUCGGUGACCUCGAGGCGCCACUGGUGAUGCGUCUAGACAGCGCGGGGUGCGCUGUCGCCCAAGAAGAUUUUUGUGCAACAUUGCUGCGCAGUCUGUCAAGUUCGUACGACGGUCGUAUGCAGGCGUACCGUAUGUCGGCGGACAAGCUCAUUUUCUCAGACAUCGUUAAUCGAGUGUUUGAGGAGGAAGCGCGUCAACACGAGCUGGGCAUCAAGGAGGGGCGCACUGCGAUGCUGGCCGGCCUUGCCAAGAAUAAAAACAAAGUCAAGAAAAAAAAGGCGCGUGCUGGAGAUGUGGUAGUGUCGGACACUACCAGCGCGAUUGUCGAAAAGGCUCCGAACAAAAAGACGAAUACCAUAUUGCGUUCUGUGCGCUGGUUAGUGAGAGCGGCUUUCAUGGGACUCGAUCCCAAGCAGCUUGCGUUGACGCGAGAUCCAUAA